GUGAAAGCAAAUAACUUAAAAUUGAAAAUACAACCUAAAUUCAAAAUCCAAAAGAAAAAGUUCAACAUAAUACUCUUAUGUCAAAUUCCAACAUUACAUAAGUAAGUUCCAAUGUAGCUUAAGUAAAUAAUUCAAAAGAAAGGAAAAAUAUAAGUCUAUAACCUCAUUCACAAUGAAAUUAUACUUUAAUAACGUCACCUGUUAUAUGUCAAGUUUGUUAUAACUCAUUCUUUCCAAUAUUAAGAGGUGUAGUUUCAAAUAUUAGAAUAAUAAUACGGUUAUGCUAAAUGAAUAAAAUAAAAUAAAAAAUACGAGCAAUUACAUGGAUCACAAGAAGUAAAGGUUGAGAAUGAAAAGAAAGAAAAUGAAAAAUAAAUAAUAUAAAAAGAAAAAUACAUUUUAAAAAAUAAAAAUAAUAAAAAAGUAAAAAUAAAAAAGAAAUUAAAAUAAUAGAAAUAAAAAAAUAUUUAAAAUCAAAAAAAUUAAAAUAAUAGAAAUAAAAUAAAUUAAAAAUAAAAAUGAAUUAAAGUAAAAAAAUAAACAGACUAAAAAGUAACCCUGUAAUUACAGGGUGUAAUUACACCCAAUUCUCAGCCCCCCCUUGAGAAUUGGAGAGUGUAAUUACACCCUGUCAAUUACACCCAAUUCCCACCUAACUGUGUAAUUACCUGGUCAAACAAACAGGCCAUUAAAGUGGAUAGGCUAGGAUGAUUUUGAAAGAAAGAGAGAGAAAAAAAUGGAUAUGCAUUAAUGGUAGUAACUCCUAAAAUUAAGUAUUAUUGAUAUUUUAGGAAUGUAAAAAGUUGUAUAUUUGUAAUUAAAAAGUUAAAAUUUUGAAUAAAUUAUAUUUAUUUAAUUUUUUUAAAAUAGUUGUAAUCUUUUUAAUAACCAUUUGAAAAAGUUGUAUUUGUGUGACAUUUCCAUAUAUAACUCAUCUUCCAACUACAAUUGAGGAAUCAAGAGAGCAGAUAAUAUGGACUUACUCAAAGUUGGCUCAGUGGGAGGACGUGCUUGGGAUUUAAAGGGACGAGAACAAGUUGCUGGGAUUUAUGUUUACUACAGCAGAGACGGAGUUGUGGCACUUCAGUUCCUGUUUUAUGAGAAUGGCAACUUAGUUAAGUCGGACAAAUAUGGCGCGAGUAAUACUGAAACUGCAAGCAUCACUGAAACUGCAAGCAUCGCUGCACUUGUCUUUGAUUAUCCGUCAGAGUUUCUUACUUCUAUAAGUGGUUCACUUGGAGGAGGUUAUACGUCAGUUUUGAAGACUAUAAAAAUUGGCACCAACAAGGGUUCCUAUGGGCCAUUUGGGAGUCCUACUGCUCCUAUUAAUUAUGAACGAGACUUCAACUUUCACAUAGGAAGAAGAAAUUUAUUUGGGGGUUUUCAUGGAACAUCGAAUCUCAGUGGCAUUGAGAGUAUUGGGGUCUAUGUGAAGAUGACUAUCCCAUCCAGCUCCAUCACCAAUUUCAAAGAUCUUCAAAUUAAGGAUGAAGAUAGUUGGUCUACUACUGCUACCAAAACCAUAGAUCCAUUCCGCCGACGUUGUGUUUGGUCUAGGUUGUUUGGCUGGAGAUGGAGCAGUGGCGGCGGCGUUGUGGUUGUUUUAUAUGGAUGUAUAAUAUUGUAUGUGGGCAUACAAUAUUGUAUAUGUGUGCAUAAUAUUAUAUAAUAUUAUGGGUGUAUAAUAUUGUAUAACAUUGUGUAGGAUUGUAUAUGGGUAUAUAUGGAUAUAUGUUAUAAUAUUGUAUAUGGGUGUAUAUAUGUGUAUAUGUAUAUAGGUGUGGGUUAAAGCUUUGUAAUGUAAGUUUUAAGCUAUUUUUUCACAAUGUAAGUGAGUAAAUUGUAUAUUUAUGAAA